AAACGUCACUCAAUUAGUGGCGCAUGUCCCGUAAUCCCGGGUGAGUGGAUGUCUCACUUAAGACCAAUUGAAUGAUCUAAAAUGAUGAAAACUGCGUUCAAACGGGGCACCGGGACAUGCAAAACGAACUUGACAGGUCCUCCGUUCCUUUCUACAGCCCAAACCAAUGAGGAAAACUUUUCAUAGGUGGGAGCGAACAACAGUGAGUGGGGAUAACAAUUGUGGGGCGACAGUUUACUUUUGCUUGUAAACAAUAUCAACAAUUCAAAAUACAGUUACUGUUGUCCCAUCAACCAACAGUAAGCAGAGGGAUUCUCCCUUAACUUCCCGGAGAAAGUAAUUUGUGUUGCCCUUGGAGGUAUUCCCAGCUUUCUGAAGCAGUAGGGAUGGACGAGGUGCGGCCUACCAGCGGACCAGUAGCCCCCGGCCUGGCGUCACUCUUCCCCCCGGGUCUGCAGGCAAUCUACGGGGAAUGCAGGCGCCUCUACCCCGACCAGGCCAACCCCUUACAAGUUACAGCCAUUGUAAAAUACUGGUUGGGAGGUCCUGAUCCAUUGGACUACAUCAGUAUGUACCGUAACAUGGGCUGUGCAGUGCAGGACGUACAGGAACACUGGCACUACAUCAGCUUCGGACUCAGUGACCUGUAUGGAGACAACAGAGUACAUGAGUUUACAGGCCAGGAAGGCUCCAGUGGCUUUGGCUUUGAGCUGACGUUCAGGCUGAAGAGAGAGGUGGGAGAAACAGCCCCUCCUACUUGGCCGGCUGAACUCAUGCAGGGCCUGGCCCGCUAUGUCUUCCAAUCAGAAAACACGUUUUGCAGUGGAGACCACAUAUCGUGGCACAGUCCCCUGGACAACAGUGAGUCUCGUAUCCAACACAUGCUGCUCACUGAAGACCCCCAGAUGACUCCGGUCCACACCCCCUUCGGCCUGGUCAACUUCCUGCAGAUUGUGGGUGUGUGUACAGAAGAGUUGCAGGCGGCCCAGCAGUGGAACGGCCAAGGAAUGCUGGAGCUGCUCCGAGGGGUCCAUGUUGCUGGAGGGCCCUGGUUGAUAACUGACAUGAGGAGAGGAGAGACCAUCUUUGACAUCGACCCUCAUUUACAACCGGAGCGUGUGGACCAGGGUAUAGAGACAGAGGGCUCCAACCUGAGCGGCGUUAGCGCAAAGUGUGUGUGGGACGACCUCAGCCGACCACCCGAGGAUGAAGAGGACAGCCGCUCCAUCUGUAUAGGAUCUCAGCCACGAAGACUGUCGGAAAAAGAUACAGAGCAGAUCAGAGAAGCCCUGAGAAAAGGAUUGGAGUUCAACACUAAAGCGACACUACCCCCUAUCAACUCACAGAGACAAGGACAUGACAGGCCUCAGAGUCGUAAGGACAGUCUGGAGAGUGAGAGUUCAGCGGCCAUCGUUCCUCACGAGCUAGUUCGUACCAGACAACUGGAAAGUGUUCAUCUGAAAUUCAACCAGGAGUCAGGAACACUGCUGCCCCUCUGUCUCAGGGGUCGUUUGCUCCAUGGUAGACACUUCACCUAUAAGAGUAUAAAUGGAGACACAGCCAUCACCUUCGUAUCCACCGGAGUAGAGGGGGCCUUUGCUACUGAGGAACACCCGUACGCCGCACAUGGACCCUGGCUACAGAUAUUGCUGACUGAGGAGUUUGUUGAACAGAUGCUUGGAGAUCUAUCGGAGCUCAACACUCGAGAGGAGACCAAGUUACCGAAGGAGUACAGCUGGCCAGAAAAGAAACUGAAGAUCUCGGUCCUGCCUGACUCUGUGUUUGACAGCCCUCUGCAGUAAGACUUGGACCCAGUCCUCUCUUCAGAAUACUCUGGACCUGUUCACCCAGACUUUAAAUGGUCAUGUUCAGUAGGUCACAUCGUUGCAAAGCGUUUCCCAACAGAACGCCCUACUCUGUUCCAUGGGCUCUGGUCUGCCUUCUAUCCCCAAAGUGAGAACACCUUACCUCCACCUGAUCUCUUUGUCACAUCUGCCUUUGACUUGACUGUUACUGCCUUCUGCGAGCUACCAAUUUCUACUGCGUUUUUCUAACCUUGUAGAAACGCCUGGAGAUGUUCCGGAAACCUGUUUUUCCACAUAGCUGCCUUGCUAGAUUAUACAUAGUCGCCAUGUCUUGUGAAUGGGUAACAUUUCUAGUUAGGAUAUGACAUCCCACUAGACUCAUUAAGUUUGUAGCACAGGCAAAAAUGCAGGGUCAGUUGAUUUAGUUCAAGGAUUCUGUUUUUUGGUUUUCUAGGGCCACAUUCAAUUUUAAGUGUUCUCUUAAAAGGCCUAUGCGUUUAUUUUUUGUUUAAGUGCUGGACGUUCGCUUAAUGUGUUUUAAAGUGUAUCUAUGGUCAAGCCAAAGGUGCUACCAGUUUCCCAUGAGGUUUGUAUCGGACCAGAUGUUGUGGUAUUUAGACAACUGAACCUUAUUCAGUGCCAACCUCUGCAAAUCUGAAAUGGUGCCUUCUUCCCUAUAUAGUUUUCUUUUGGCCAGAGCCUUAUGAGGGGUAUAUAGGGCAGGGGUCUUCAAACGGGUCUACAGCAUGCAGGCACUGCAGGGGCUGUUCAUUUUACAUUUUUGUUUAUUCCAAUGUUUUUGUGAAUAUCCAUGUACCGGGAAAGUGCCGAUGGCUGUAAGCUUUCUUAACAUGGACAUAAUGUUUUGCAGAAAUGUGUUGGCCUAUUAGCUAUUAAGGUAAUCCCAAUGUUAGUUUACACUUCCUCUUCAAAUUAUAACUGGGGAGGUCAAAUUAAUAUCUCCCAGAUCAAAUAUUUUUUUAUAUUUUCACCUCUCCUUGCUUUUUAUACACAUUAUCAUUUUUUGCUAACAUAUGAUGGGGUCUCUGGGUCGACGGAUUGCCUGGGCGGGGGUCCCUUGGGAAAAAGUUUGAAGACCCUUGGCAUAUGGUGUAAUUUGGAAUACAGACAAUCAAACCACAUGAUCCUCUCAUUCUAUUGUGUCCUGUCAAAUCUUUAUGCCACUGUGCCAAUUUUUUGUGUAUGUUCUGUUUUACUGUUAAUUUUUGAAAUAUCUCUGAAGCUCUACAAUGACUGUUAACUACUAUUAGAGGAAAUAUUGUGUUUGUAAGAGUUUAAAGGCCUGUCAGAGUGAAAUGUUGGAAAGUGUUUCAGAGAACUCCCCAUGUGUCCACAAAUAAAGUUAGUCUGACAUUUUCACUGAAGAACAGCUACUGUAUUGUGUUUCCUGUCCCUAGUUGGAUCAGAUUUCCUGUCCCUAGUUGGAUUUGUUGAUAGAACUGAUGUCAGUGCCUGUGUUUUUAGCCACUAGAACUUGUCAGAGCCUAGGUCCAUGCCACAUUAUUUAUCACCACUUUCUUCACAGAAACUCAUUCUUCCCUUCACUGUCACAAUACGUGUCAACUGUUGCGUGAAUAUAUUCAUGUUUUGCUAUGGUAGAAACAGAACCAGAGUCAGUCUACCAUGGCCUUGAAGUGUAUUGUAUCGACUGUCAACUGCUCCUGUAUUUUAAUAUACAUCAGUUUCAAUCAAGGUCCUCCCAGAUAUCUGUUAUGCCAUAACUGCAUUCCAUAGCUAGUUAGUCAAGAACAGGAGCUGACUCCUUUUUCUAUACAGUGAUGACCUCCAGUUCACGUGUAUUCUACCAUGUCUUUUUUUUAUUCCGAUUGUUAGUUUUUUUGUGGUCUUUAUAAUACUGUUUAUUGUUAUUUUUUUGAUGAAUGAAGGAAUCACUAAACCGCCUGUUAAUGUAAUCACAAGUGCAUUAAACAGAAAUCGACAUUCA